AUGUGGGUUAGGAGCUGGAUUUCAAGAAGACAGGAUAGUGGUUUUUUUGCUCAAUUGGUGAAAGAAUUACACAGCGAAGACAUGAAUUCAUACGCUAACUUUUUACGCAUGAGUAAUAAGGACUAUGAAUACUUGCUUCAAAAAGUUGAACCAUUGAUUAGAAAACAAGAUACUCAUCUUAGGCUAGCUAUUUCACCUUCAGAACGGCUCAUGCUUACUUUACGGUUUUUAGCAACAGGAGAUAGCUAUCAUUCCCUGCAAUACCUUUUUCGGAUUCCAGUCACGACCAUUUCAAGGAUUAUACCUGAAGUUUGUGAAGCGAUAUUUACUGUGCUGAAAACGGAUUAUCUCCAGAUCCCAAACUCUCAGGAAGAAUGGUAUGAAGUUGCAAAGGGAUUUGAGGAGAUUUGGAAUUUUAAAAACUGUUUAGGUGCUCUAGAUGGCAAGCACGUGGUUAUGAAAGCACCAAGGAAUAAAGGCAGUCUUUAUUUUAAUUAUAAAGGAACACAUAGCAUAGUCCUCAUGGCACUAGUUGAUGCAAAAUACAAAUUUCUUUAUGUGGAUGUCGGGUGCAAUGGACGCAUAUCUGAUGGUGGCGUGUAUGCAAACUGUUCAUUGUCAAGAGCAUUAGAAAACAACAUGUUAAACAUGCCAAAACCAAGGCCAUUACCGGGUGAAUCUGAAGAUGCACCUUUUGUUGUUAUUGCCGAUGAUGCUUUUGCCUUGACUUCCUAUUUAUUAAAACCUUUUCCUUUCAAAAACCAACCCGGAUUUAAUCGGGUUUUUAACUAUAGAAUAUCAAGAGCAAGGCGUGUAGUUGAGAAUGCUUUCGGACUGAUCUCGGCUCGAUUUCGUGUUCUUAGACGACCAAUAGACCUACCUCCAGAGAAGGUUAAAAAAAUUGUACUUGCAAUAUGUUCUUUGCAUAAUUUCUUACUGACCCAAAAAAGUUCGGCACAUUUAUAUGCCCCAAAUGGAAUAUUUGAUACUGAAAAUGAUGGGAACGUUAUCAAUGGGAGUUGGAGAAAUGGAGGAAAUCCUAUAGCUAAUAUGGUUCCUUUACAGACUACAAAUGUUAGAAACCCAUCGAAAACAGCCAAAGAAGAGAACAAUUUGAAAAUUAUUUUGUAUCCAAACAUGGUGAAGUCGCCUGGCAGUAUAAAUAUAUAUAAACAUAAUACCAUUUUAUCUGCUUAAUGUAAUAUAUGUUUCUAAUGCUG